UGGCUUAAUUUGAUUUUAGGGUUCUUAAUACUACUCUGAAGGACCAGAAGAGGCGGAGCGUCGUCCAUCGGAGUAAUCCAUCUCAGGUAUCAGCAUCAGAGAAGGAACUUGAUCGAAAUCGAACCAUGUCGCUUGUGGCAAAUGAAGACUUUCAGCACAUUCUUCGUGUACAGAACACAAAUGUCGACGGAAAGCAAAAGAUCAUGUUUGCCAUGACCUCCAUCAAAGGUAUCGGUCGUCGUUUUGCCAAUAUCGUUUGCAAGAAAGCCGAUGUUGACAUGAACAAGAGGGCUGGUGAGCUCUCUAAUGCUGAAAUCGACAACUUAAUGACCAUCGUUGCUAAUCCUCGCCAGUUCAAAAUCCCAGACUGGUUUCUUAACAGAAAGAAGGAUUACAAGGACGGGAAGUACUCCCAGGUAACCUCCAACGCCCUCGAUAUGAAGCUGAGAGAUGAUUUGGAGCGCCUCAAGAAAAUCAGGAACCACCGUGGGCUUCGUCAUUACUGGGGUCUCCGAGUUCGUGGGCAACACACCAAGACCACCGGUCGCCGUGGAAAGACCGUUGGUGUGUCCAAGAAACGAUAAACGAAUGGUUAUGAGUUACCCUUUUCGCAUGUUCUUGGGAUUUUAUAUCUCUACAAAUCGAGGUUCGCAGUAGAAUUGGUGAGUUUUUUUCGUCGAAAUCCCUACAACUUGAAAAGAUUGUUCUAUUUUUUCGCAAAGAGGAAUUAAAUAUAUUUGGAUCUUAUUUUUGGCAAGUUUAUUUGUGAUCGUAAGACCAUAUGAUA